AUGAGUUUUAUUGAUGUUUCUUCAACAGAUGCGGACAUCUUCUACGACGUCGAUUCCGGGGACAAUAUUUGGGACCUUUGGUACCGAUUUUUAACUGAAUGCAAAGCUGGCCAAGCCAUGCAUAAAUCCAGCCAUCUGCUUGGAAAAUACUUCUGUAUUUUCCUUCCGCAGCAAAAGGUCAAGCAAAUGUUUGAACAAGUCAAGCUUAUGGCAUUCGUAUCAAAAGCCUUAAAAUUACUUUUGAAUAUACCCGUUGAUGUCGAAAAGCAAGUCUGGUUGAAGAAAAGCAAAACCAUUUACUCCAACUAUAACGCCUACGGCGGCCACACAGUUGUCAUCGAUGGUCAUCUUGUCGAACUGUCGUUGCUGGAGGUUACUGGCUCCUUCGGUUCCUCCAGCGUUGCAAGAAAUGCUAAGGAUCACAUCAAAGGAGGCUUUAGUACUCUGGCAGUUGUUCGCCUUCUACAAUGUGGAUCGCUGGAUAUUUUUGUCAAAUUCGGCUCUUCUUUGUUCAAGCCUUUAAUUGGUUUGGAGAGAAGCCUAAGGCUAAUCCAAGAACUUAACAGCCAGUAUAAAGAGGUAAAGCUUUUGUUUGCUAAAAGAGUUUCUAGUCCUGCUUCGGCUACUGGCAUUGUCAGGUGCCUCGGGAAAGGUUGCAUUCACAAAGUUGAAGGCGACUGUAUCCCUGUUUAUAAGGAGUUGGAGGUCAAAACUUCUAGCUGA